AUGGCCGCUGCGUGGAAAGCCGCUGGUUUGACCUACAACCGUUACCUGGCCGUCGCUGCCCGCGCGGUCCGCAGAUCUCUCAAGGAGGGCCCUCGUCUCGCUGCUGAGCGCCGUGGACAGAUGGAGCUGCGUUUCGCCAAGUGGGAGAACGGCAAGCAGGGUGAUGUCAAGCCCCUCUCCCAGGCCGCUCAGGUCAUCGCCCAGUCCGAGUCGAAAUAG